AUGCCCACCACCACCACCGCCAAUCCUCCUUCUCCUCCCAACACCCACGCCCUCCCCGGUCGUUAUUAUCCCCUGUCCGUCCUCCCACGCGCAGCUUCUGCUCUUGCUCUGGGACCUCUCUGCAAGUCGCAGCAAGAAAAGCAUCGAGAAGCUCUCUCUCUCUCUCUCAGUCUUGCUCUCUCUUGUAUGGGACUACUACUUGCGUACGCCCAACCGAAAAGAUUUCACUCAUUGGUGCACUUUUAUCUCUCUUCUUUCUCUCUACCUACCUCUCUACCUCCCGCCGCCGACGACGCCGCCGCCGUUACUAGUAAACGACUUUGCCUCUUGUCCUUUCCUGCACAAGUUACCGAGUAG